AUGGGCUGCUUCACAUUCGUCAAAGUUAUGAUGGUUUUGUUCAACUUGUUAAUCUUGGUGGGGGGUCUAGCGCUGACGGCUGUGGGAAUUUGGCUGAAUGUUGCUGGAGAUUCCCGCCUACAGUUUUUGGGGAUAUUUGACUUGAACAUCUUGCACAGUGUCAAUUUUGGCUACUUCUUCAUUGCCAUUGGAGGUGUGAUGGCCCUGCUAGGAUUUCUGGGCUGCUGUGGAGCCAAAAAAGAGAGCAAAUGUCUCCUGAUAAUGUUCUUUUCCAUCAUUCUGGUCAUUUUCAUCUCUGAACUGGCAACUGCAGCGAUUACUGUGGCCUAUUCUUCAUUACUUGAGAAUGUCCUAAAUGCAUGGUCCACACCUGUUCUGAAGGAGCAGUAUGGAAAAGAUAAAAUGGUCACAGACAUGUGGAAUGUGACCAUGACGAAGCUGCACUGCUGUGGGUACAACAACUACACAGACUUCAACAAUUCAUAUUAUUAUGAGGAAAAUGGUGACAUAUAUCCUCCCAACUGCUGUGAAGAUCCUGAAAUCCUCUGUGAUGCAGAGAACGCACUGCAAAGUGACAUAAAGGGCUGUUAUGAUCUGAUUAACUUGACCAUAAAAAAGAAAUUCUACAUUGUUGGAGGAGUAGCUGCAGGGGUCUGUGGAGUCGAGCUGGCAGCGAUGGCUGUGUGCAUGUGCCUGUUCUGUUAUCUGGACAAACAAGGCACUUAG